AUGGCACAUACUGCCUAUAGCUCUCUGUUUGUUACCCCGUUCUCUUUCGCUCGCCACAUAUUGGCUAUACAGGCUCAAGAUGCACACGAUGAAACUCGAGCGACUACGGAUAUCAGCAACACCUUUACCCAGUCCGAAACUAGGCUUCCCGAUGAACUUCGGCUGCGAGCCCGGGGAAAGAGGAAGGGGGAAGAUGGGGAGACCAGUGGUCAACCAUCUGUUGAAGCGGCAUUGAACAUCCUCCGCACUGUGAACGUCCCUGCCAAUAGACAUGACCGGCCUUCCGGCUUCCUUGGAUAUACGAAAUACUAUGCGAGAGAGGCAUUUUACUUAUUAUUCAUGAACCGUCCCCACAUAACUGUCGACGGACACUCUACCAGAGGGACAGAUAAACUAUCCCCCGAACUCAAAGACGCAGUGUUGCUCCUUCAAGAUGCAGUAAACCAAGACCACCCAGAUGCAAUAUUUCUUCUGGCGGAAAUGAAUUUUUACGGAAAUUUUACCCAUCCACGGAACUAUACCAGGGCAUUCGAACUAUAUAAAACACUCGCAACGCUGGAAGGCAAUAGCACCGCACAAUAUAUGGUUGGGUUUAUGUAUGCCACAGGGAUAGGAGGGGCAGUCAAACGGCAUCAAGGCCAGGCUUUGCUCUAUCAUACAUUCGCAGCUAUGGGAGGAAACAUUAGAUCUCAAAUGACCGUAGCAUUUCGCCGGUACCUUGGCAUCGGAGCACCUCGUGAUUGCGACCAAGCAGCGCUUUAUUACAAACAAGUAGCAGACCAGGCAAUGGCCUACUACAGGUCAGGCCCACCUGGAGGCCAAAUGCUCAUUAGAGAGUCUUAUAACUGGGCUGAUGACGAGGGUGGGGUGUAUGGCGAAGGCGCAAGCGUCUCAAGCUCCGGUGCAAAUGCGAAUAGGGAUGGCCAGAACUCAGGUUCCGAUGCAAGCCUUGAAGAUGUGCUCGAAUAUUUAGAUCUCUUGUCGAAGAAAGGCGAUGUAAAGGCCACUUUUAGCCUGGGUAAGAUGUAUUACGAGGGUUCGAAGAAUCUGAAGAGAAAUGUACGGAGAGCAAUGCGAUAUUUUGGGCUUGUCGCAAAAAAAUACUGGACAAAGGACGGCAAAAUCAUCUCCAGCCACCCAAUAGGGAUUGAGAAGACUGCUGCAAAAGCGGCCGCGCACAUUGGACUCAUGUUCCUGCGUGGGGAGGGCACUGAGCAGAAUUUUGAAAAAGCGUUAACCUGGUUUCAGCGAGGAAUACCUCUUGGGGACCCCAUGUCCCAACACUACAUGGGCUUGAUGUAUUUGAAUGGAUAUGGAGUCCCCAAAGACGGGUUGAAAGCUGCGGCUUAUUUCAAGGCGGCAUCAGAACAGGACUUUCCAGCAUCUGAAACCAGGCUUGGUGCUCUAUUUCUUGACCAGGGCGAUGUGGCCACGGCGACACGAUACUUUGAGUUAGCGGCUCGAUACGGUUGGAUCGAAGCAUUCUAUUAUCUUGCGGAAAUUGCCGAAAAAGGGAUAGGAAAGGAGCGUCAUUGUGGCGUGGCGACAGCUUACUAUAAAAUGGUGGCUGAAAAGGUCGAGGCCAUACAUUCCUCAUUCCACGAGGCUAAUACCGCAUAUGAAAAUGGCGACAAGGAGACUGCCUUGGUUGCUUCAAUGAUGGCAGCAGAGCAGGGCUAUGAGAAUGCUCAGGCAAACGUGGCGUACCUGCUGGACGAGCAACGUUCUGUUCUUCCACUUGAUUCAAUAUUGCCCCGGUCCAGGAGUCGCCGGCCAUCUUUGCUCCGGAAUGCUGCUUUAGCACUUAUAUACUGGACUCGUUCUGGAAGGCAAGCGAACACUGACUCUCUUGUGAAAAUGGGAGAUUACUAUUUCUAUGGCUACGGGACGUCGCCUGACCUUGACAAGGCCUUUACCUGCUACCAUUCAGCUGCGGAGGGGUAUCACAGUGCCCAGGCGUUCUGGAAUCUGGGUUGGAUGCAUGAAAAUGGCUAUGCUACGGAGCAAGAUUUCCAUAUGGCGAAAAGAUUCUACGAUCUGGCUCUUGAAACCAAUUAUGAAGCUUAUCUACCCGUUAAGCUCAGUCUAAUCAAGUUGCGAAUACGGAGUUUCUGGAAUAAAAUAACGCACGGAAAUGCCAAUCCCAUCCGAACAGAAGCAGAUGCGAAACCCCACCGAUCAUUUAAGGAAUGGAUUACAGCUUUCAUCACCUAUGACGAAGAGGAAAACGAAGAUUACCACAAACACAAACUGAAACGUCAAUCCAAUCCUGAUAAUCUGGAUGGCGUCUUUUCCGAAGAUGGAACCGGGACAGAUGCCAUGGACGAAAAAGUCAUUAGUGACCAAGAUAAGAAUUUUUACAACGAGUAUGAUAUUGAUUUUGACGACGAAUUCUUUGAUGGCUUCGUUAUCCUUUUGUUAGCAGUGAUAUUGGUUAUCCUCGUGUAUGUGCGGCAGCAGCGAGCUCUACGACGUGGACGUCAGGAGAACCAGAAUGCUGCCGCCAAUGGCAGAGCUCCGGCAAGGAAUGGAACAGGGCAACCAGCGAAUAACCCUGCGGGGACUGAAGGUGCCGUCGAUAGACAACAAAGGCAAGAGGAUAGAGGGCUUUUCCCCCAGCCUGACGAUCCCGAGUUCGCAGCUUGGGUUGCUGGUGGGUUACGUGCUCGUUACUCCUUCACGUCAAAUAUGUCCUACCAAGCUGCCAAACGCCGUCGAAUCGACCAAGCUACGUCUACACUCUUCAAACCUUUUAAAUCACCUCUCCGCAAACAACUUGAAAGCACAUCCACAGACAAUGGCGGAAAGAAAGACACGGAGUCAGAUCCGAAAGCUGCAACUGAUGCUCCCAAUUCUCCCAAUGCAUCCGACAAGCACUCCUCCCGUACCCAUUCCGAAGUUAUUAAAAAACCUACCACAAUCCCACCAGCUCCGCCGCCAACAGCGUCACCAUCAUCACCAAGUGUGCCAUCAGAGCUCAUCACCCUCCAAAAGAAACACUCUGCCCUGACAACUCGUCUUAUAACCCUGCGCGCAGAACUCGAUUCAGUCAACCAAGCGCUGAAAGUUGAACAGUCAGGACAAGACGCGGAGCUUGAAGUGCUGAUUGCCAAGUGGAAAGCAGCGAGCCGAGAGGCGGCGGAAGAGUUGUUUGUCAGUGCUGAGGAGAGGGUGGAGAGGAUGGGCGGCGUUAAAGGGUGGAAGGAGAGGAUGAGGCAGGCACAGGAGAAGAGGGCGAGAUGGGAUGAAGAUGUUCGUGCUGUUGGAGAUGGGGAGGAUUUGGAGAGUGAAUGGGAUGAGGAGGUGGAAAGGAAAAAGGCGGAAAUGGAAACGGAUAGUGAAAAUGUAGGUGGAGGGCAUGGUGGUGGGAAUAAUGAGUUAGGGGACGAGGAUGAGAGCUUUACGAUGGAUAUGAUGCUCAAAAGUUUGAAUGUUGAGCUGGAUAUCAUCGGGUUCGACAAAGACACCCAGCAAUGGACCUGA